GCCGCAACUGCCCUGGACACCACAAAAUUUGAAUGCCGCCAACUUGAAAAUUUCGGCGAUCGGCAACAGCUGCAAACGACGAUGCUUGGAUGUCGCGCAGCUCUGGAGGCUGCGGUCCAAGAUGCCCUUGGACUCAUGCAGUUUGAAGACGCCUGUUUCCUGGCAGAACGGCUCGUCGCAGAAGAGCCAACGGACCACUCGCGCUUCCUGCUUGGAAAAUGCUAUUACGGAGCUGGUGAAAAGAAGCAUGCCAUCUCGUUGACAACGCCACUUCCCACCGCUUCGCUGGAAGACACCAACACACCGACACCACUGCCUGUGAAUCGCCUAUGUGCCCUCGCAACGCCAAGCCCUUCGUACACCGCAUCCCCGCCUUCCAGCAGAAUUUCCUACUUCCGUCGCAACCGACGCAAGGAGCAAGACCACGGUGUGUCGCCGGAUGCGCCCGCGUUUUCGCCAAGCUACCAAGAGCCGCCGCCGCGCAGAAGCUUUCGUCUUCGCGGGUCCUCGGACAGCAAGUCCCCGCGCAAGGUCACUGGCAUGUCCCGUCUGAUGCCACGUGCGGCGCGGCGCAGCUGGCGCAACCGCGACUCGAAGAAGGCAGAAACGCCAUCGCCGGCCACAUCUCCGCAGGCCGCUGCAUCGUCGUCGCGGUCUUCCAAGGUGUUGCCGCAUGCCCCCGACAGCGCCUCAACCCAAGAGAACAGUGCACCGUCUGCUCUGCUCCAAGCGAGCCACGAGGCGUGCAUGCGGUUGUUGGCGCUGUGUGGGCAAGUCGUCCGCCACCUGUAUCUGUUUGAGUGCCAUGACGCCAUCAACACGCUGGAGGAGCUCCCAAGAGCUCACGUUACCACAGCGUGGGCACAGGCAAAGCUUGGACAGGCAUACUUUGAGCUUGCAGACUACCACGCCGCAAAUCUGGCGUUUCGGCACUCGCGGCGUCUGGACAUGUGUCGAUUGCAGGACAUGGAGAUCUUCAGCACCGUUCUCUGGCACCUCAAGGACAAAACAGCACUCUCUUACUUGGCAAACGAGCUGGGCGAAAUUAGCAUCGAGUCACCCAUCACGUGCUGUGCGGCCGGCAACAACUACAGUCUGCACAAGGAGCACGACAAGGCGGUCGUGUGCUUUGAGAAAGCCAUCCAGAUUGACCCCACCUUCUCGUACAGCUACACGCUGCUCGGUCACGAAACGUUCCAGAAUGAGCACUAUCAGCGGGCUGAGGAAUGCUACCACAGCGCGCUUGCCAUCAAUCCGCGACACUACAAUGCCCUGUUUGGUCUCGGGGUGCUCAAGGACAAGCAGCACAGGUUCCAAGAAUCCGAGCACUACCUCAAGAUGGCCGUCAAAAUCAACCCAAACAACCCUGUGCUCCGGUGCUUCCUGGCCAAGGUUGUGGCUGCCAAGGGCAUGUAUCAGCAAGCUUUUGGUCACGUGCAAAAGGCGUUUGAGACUGCGCCAGAGAACCCGCUGGUGCUCUUUGAGCGCGCGCGCGUGAUGCUGUGUCUUGGCCGCCUCAACCGGGCGCUGGAGGACGCAGAGCGACUCAAGGCCGUUGCCCCGAAAGAGCCGUCACUCUACUUCCUCUUGGAGAAGAUUUACAGAAAGAUGGGCCGGUUUGAUAAGGCAGCGUUGGCCCUGAGCCGCGCAACUGAGCUUGACCCCAAAGCGCUGAGUAACAUGAUGGAGGACAGCGCGUAUGAUCCCCACGGCGAUCCCAACCCAAACACCUCUGGCGCCAGCGCUGAUGACAGCGGAGACAUGUUUACUCCGCAGCGCCGAAGGGAUUCAACGGACUGAUUGUCGAGUGUGAUGUCGUGACGGUGUGUUUGUGUGUGCUUGUGUGUGCUCUCGCGUGUGGUUUUGGGUGCAGCAGCGUGACUGUGAUAUGGGUACUUUUUUGUUUCGUCGAUCAGUCACAACAGCAACAGGCAGCAGAAAGAGCA